AUGCAUUUCGCAUACCCGCCACGCAAGAACUCGAACCCGCCGCCGUUCCGGCCGAGGUCGACGCGGAUACCUACGUUCAGGAGGUUCCUCCGCCCCAAGACCAUUGCCGUCGCCGGCCUGGCCAUCUUGUUCAUAAUAUGGCUGUUCUCCGGCAGCAGCUCGAAGCACAGCCCACAGCGCACCAUCUCGGGGAAGCCGCCCGUGGUAAUAGUCACCGUCUUCGAUGAGAAGACCUGGGGCGGCAGCCCAGAAUACUUGGAGAGCAUCAAAGACAACAGGGAACAGUAUGCCUCAAAACAUGGAUAUGGCACCCUGCUGGUAUCAGCAGGCGGCUACGAGCUCAAUGGCGCGCCGGCCUCGUGGUCCAAGGUGACGGCAACCCGGCACGCCAUGGCCAAGUUCCCCGACUGCAAGUACAUCUGGUUCCUGGACCAGCACUCGUACAUCAUGAACCCGGACAUCAAGGUGGAGGACUUCGUCAUGGGCUCCAAGAAGCUCGAGGCCAACAUGAUCAAGGACCUGCCCGUCGUCCCGCCCGACAGCAUCAUCAAGACCUUCUCCCACCUCAAGGGAGACGACGUCGACCUCGUCCUCACCCAGGACAAAGAUGGCAUCUCGGCCGGCAGCUUCAUCAUCCGUAACGGCGAGUGGGCCAAGUUCUUUCUUGACACCUGGCUCGACCCGCUGUACCGGAGCUACAACUUCCAGAAGGCAGAGACGCAUGCACUGGAGCACAUCGUCCAGUGGCACCCCACGGUGCUCUCCAAGCUGGCCAUCCUGCCACAGCGCCUGUUCAACUCGUACAACAAGCCCAAGCACGGCCGCGUCUUCGAGGCCGGCGACCUGGCCGUGCGCUUCGCCGGCUGCACCAAGGGCGCCGGCGAGAACAACUGCGUCGACGAGGCCAAGCGCUUCUCGUCCCAGUGGAGGAAGGCCUUUGCCUACGCGUGA